UCGUACGAACGUCCAUCAGUUACAUUCCGAUUUACACCUGCUCGCAAUGCAGUGGGCUAAACUGCUAGGUUUCGUUUCGCUGUUUGCGCUUUUACAACCCGGUCAUUCACAAUGCAACGUGAAUCUUCAGGAUCACCUGGCACCAUUGGAACCUCUGUUCAUUAAAAACGGCCAACUGUGGGCUCCCGACGGCCCGGAGCUGACUUGGGAGGAACAGGAGAGCACGACGGUCGCAUGUGCUAAAACUAAGCUUGUGAAUGUAAAUAGCAAUACAGCAUCGUUGACGUGUGUGUCGCGGCAGGAUUUUAUCGUGAAUGGAACGCCGGUGAACUCGACGGAUUUGCAAUGCUCCGGUCGAAUGACCGGAGAGGUUGAAGAAACUGGAGAAACAUGUGGGUCCAGUGGUGGAACAUUGUUGAAACUUGGAUUUAAUGUCGAAGAGAUAGGAUUUAUGACUUACAUAGAAUCGUGCUACGAUAGAGAAGAGGCAUCGGUCAUUUACACUAGACAUAUCAUUCCUGGAAGGGCUAUUGAACAUUCCAUUAAAGAGUCCUAUCGCCCAUCAUUUAAAGUUGCUGGAGCAUCUUCUCAUGUCAAUCCGGCUACGUCAUACACUCAGCAAGCUCAGCUGAACAGGUUAACCGAGCUGUUGGGCUCCGAAGAGCAAGCCAAAAAGUUUCUGCAAGGUGGGUCAUACUACCUAGCUCGUGGACAUUUAGCACCGGAUGCAGAUGGCGUUUACAGAUCCUGGCAGUGGGCGUCCUACUUCUAUGUGAACGUAGCCCCACAAUGGCAAGUUGUCAACGCUGGUAAUUGGUUGGUGGUGGAAAAUCUGUCCCGCUCCAAAGCAGCCCAGCUUCAAGAGGACGUGGUAGUGUACGAUGGAGUGCAUGAUGUGCUGCUUUUGCCACAUGUUGAUGGCCAAUCGAUACCGAUAACACUUGAAGCAGGUGGUAUUCGAGCACCGAAGUGGUAUUGGAAGAUAAUCGUAUCGCCCGCUACAAGUGCUGGUGUCGCAUUCGUCACCAAUAACGAUCCAUUCCGAACCAGCCUGCCGGUCAAUGAAUUCCUGUGUGAAGAUGUGUGUUCUCAGUAUGGGUGGAGUGAUGAAAGAUUUCAAGAUUUUACCCGGGGAUAUACCUACUGCUGCGCGGUAGCUGAUUUACAGACUGCUAUUGAAGACAUUCCCAGGGAUUUACAAGUGAAUCAUGUCUUACAAAAAUAUACUGGCCCGCUUAAUGUUAUCUUAAACAACAAACUGGUGACCUUUCUGAGUGUGGCACUUUUUGCCUUCAUGAUAUCGACCAUUGCGCUGGCCAGUUCCAACCAAAGCAAGAAGAACGCCAUCCAGGAGUGCCAAGCGGAGCUUACGGAUGCGACUCCGAGCUGCUCGGUGAAUCCAUCAAAGGAUCUACCGUUGAAUGAACCGGUAUAUUUAAUGCCAGAUGGCAACACGUACAAACUGUGGGCUCCAAGCGGAUCGACACUGAAGUGGAACUCAACCUCGGAACAAACAGCUCUGCUUUGCUCAGGGGCAAACAAUGCUCUGGAACAGACCAGCAAAGCACUCAGUCAAAAGACUUGCUCAAAGGGACAAGAGUUUUUCGUGGAAGGUGGCACAACAGCAAUCAAUUCCAAGAAUCUGCAGUGUAAGGCGGCCGUAGAUGGUGAAUGUGCUGAAAAUGUCGGACCUUGUGGAAGUAAUCGAGGUGUUCUGAACAAACUAGGCUUCGAUGCUGGAGCUAGUGGGUUCAUCACUUACAUUGAAAGUUGCUUCAACACCGAAAGGUCGUCAGUUCUUUAUACGAAGCAUACUCUACCUGGUGUGGCUAUAGCAAGUGCUGUAGCAGCAGAUGCUUAUCAGAACUGGAGAACCAAUGGGAUAGGAAAUAAAGUUAACCCUGAAGCUUCGUAUCUCCAAGAUACCCAACUAGCACGAUUGGAAUCCCUCUUGGGAGCAAAAACACAAGCAGAAAAAUAUAUACAAGUUGGAAAAGUUUUCCUGAACAAGGGACAUCUAACGCCACGUGGAGACGGAAUCUUUCAUACCUGGAAGCACGCAACCUUCUUCUACACAAAUGCAGUUCCACAAUGGAAUGUGAUCAAUGAAGGAAACUGGAACAACGUAGAGCUGCGGGUCAGGCAUGUAGCGUCCCUACUGCAGGAGGAUGUGCUGGUAAUUCAGGGAACGUUUGGUGUCUUAGCAUUGCCCAACCCGCAAAACCAAUCGGUAGAAAUCUCGCUAUCGGCAGAAGGAAUCGAUGUACCCUUGUGGAUGUGGAAGAUAGUCAAAUCUCCGAGCAGAAAUGCCGGGAUUGCUUUCGUAACGUUGAACAACCCGUACGAAACCGCGGCACCAGCGGAACUAUUGUGUACCGAUGUUUGCGAACAGUACGGUUGGGCUGAACCAAACUAUGCCAAGUUCGCGAUAGGAUUUACGUACUGUUGCGAUCCGAACGAGCUGAUUCGAAUGGUUGUUCAUGCCCCGUAUGAAGGAUUAGUCAAGCAAGUUCUCUCCACAUCAAUGCUGACGUCUAGUGCUGUGGGGUUGUCCGUGUGGUACCAUUUGAUAUUGGUGGUAGGAUUGGUUCAACUGCUGAGAAUGAUGUGAUUUUUCGGAGUGUUAAGCUAAUAAGUGAAAAAAGUGUUUUAGUUGAAAGGUGAAUAAAUGUAAUAUUUAGUUAGAUUCA